AUGCGUUCACACACACUUCUAUACUCCCUUUUUGCGUCCGCGGGUGUGGCGGUGGCUACAAAGUCCUGUCGAUGCCUCCCAUCGGACCCUUGCUGGCCUUCCCAUGCGGAAUGGCAAAGCUUCAACCGAACAGCCAAUGGUCGUGUUCAUGCAUUAAGGCCGGUCGGCGCAGUCUGCCAUGGAUCCGCGUAUAAUUCCGCAGCAUGCGCUGUUGUUCAAGAAAAUGAGUAUGACUCCAUCUGGAGGGCAGACCAGCCAGGAGCCGUGGAAUGGCCAAACUGGGAGGCAUGGCCCGAACAGAACCAGUCAUGCUACAUCGACUCCAAGAAGUCAAUCCCGUGUGGCCAGGGACGUAUAUCACUUUACACCCUUCAGGCCGAAUCAUCAGAAGGUAUCCAAGCCGGUGUGAAAUUUGCCCGAAAGCACAAUUUGCGGGUAGCUAUUCGUAAUAGCGGUCAUAACCACGCUGGGCGAUCUGUUGCUCCAGAGUCGCUGCAAAUAAAUACGCACUUAAUGGUCAAUAAGACUGUGCACACGAACUUCAAGCCCGCCGGUUACAAUGGUGCAGAUGGCGGUGUGGGUCUUGCAGUGACCCUUGGCGCUGGUGUUGAGCUGUACGACAUGUACACAUGGCUGGCUGAGAAUGAUAUCAUGGCCGUUGGUGGCUCGGCACAUGGUGUGGGUGUCACUGGAGGGUAUAUCCAGGGAGGAGGUCACUCCCUUCUUGCUGGUAUCCAUGGCAUGGCCUCCGAUAAUGCCCUGGAGUUCACUGUGGUUGUUGCCGAUGGGAGACAUUUGACUGCCAACGCUUACCAGAACUCCGACCUCUUCUGGGCUCUCCGUGGUGGAGGCGGCGGCACUUGGGGUGUUGUCACCUCUGUGACUGUGCGAGCAUUUAAUGACGCCCCGUUCGUGAGCUUCUCCAUUUCGGGAGGCGCAGAGUUCGAGUCAGAUGAGUACUGGAACGCAGUCGAGUAUUUCCACUCGUUCCUACCCAAGUUCAACGAGGCAGGUGGAAGCUUGUACUACUGGCUGAUUCCAGAUUACCCCGAUUCCACGCUUGGCCAUGUGUCAGCCAUCAGUGCUGAAGGUGGCUUCGGAAACGCGACCAGCAAGGCGGCUGUUGACAAUUUCAUGCUACCGCUUGUCUACGCGCUCGGCAAUCUCACCGGCGCCGCCUUCACCUACUCUUCAACCUAUAUCCCGAAGGCAUCCUCCCUGUAUGUCGCAGAAUUCGAAAGCUCCGACUCAGUCGGCACACCUGUCAUCCUGGGCUCGCGUCUCAUAACGCGCGAUUUCAUGGAAUCGGCCGCAGGACCAGGGAAACUGACAGAUGCUCUUCGAAGCCUGCGUGUGUACCCGGGAAACACAACUUUGGGCCAAAAUGCGAUCCAGGGUCUUGUCGUAGGUGGGCCGGCUGUAUGGGCCAACGCCGGUGUUAUUGACAGUGCGCUGCACCCUAUCUGGCGCAAGGCGCUAGUCCAUGUUAUCCUCGCGCGAGGAUGGGACAUUGAUACACCGGUCGCUGAACAGCAGGCAAUUCAGCGGAACUUGACUGAGGUUGAGGUUCCGAUUCUCAAGACGCUGGAUCCCGCACCGGAAGGUGGCUGUUAUCUCAAUGAGGCGGACGGUUAUGAGGAAGGUUUCCAGGACAGCUUCUGGGGUUCCAAUUAUGCACGUCUCUAUAAGCUCAAGCAGAAGUGGGAUCCUGAGAACUUGUUCAUUGUUCGAACUGGUGUUGGUAGUGAGGAUUAG